CUAACCCCGCAUGUAAACAAGGGAGUGCUCUUCGUCUGCGAUCCCGACCAAUAUCCAGAAAACAUGUCCACUUCUUCAAUUACGGCGCUUUUCCGGCCUGUAAAUCGCAUGAACAGAUCGUUAAGGCUUGCAAGAAUAGGAGACUGUGGCAGAAGAACGCUAACAUCAUCAUCUACGGUCCAAGGGAUAUCGAAAUUUCCUCGGCUGCAGCACACCAUUCCGGAGAGUUAUAAUGAGGUUGAGGUGUCGACUGCAGAGUGGUCAUUUGUGGAGCGGCUUAUUCCACCGAGGUCAAUUCCUAAGCCAAAAAUCAAACCAGGCGAGGUUACUCCGUCUGGCUGGGUAGCUCCUUCUGCAGCUCCUGGGGAUUAUCCAUACUUUGUCCCACGCUCUGCCAGCCACAUGCUACCUGUUUAUGUCAAGCACGAGCCAAUAAUGUCAAGGUUCACGACCUCUGUCAAAUAUGUCGAAGGUGAUGCAUUCGCCCUUGGAGAAGAACUGCGGCAGUACCUUUCGGAGAAGCACGCACCCAAACACAUUAACUUACGGGUCCACGAGCCACACCGAAUGGUACAGAUAAAAGGAGAAUACAUGCUCGAAGUGAAGGAAUUUCUGAUCAAUAAGGGAUUCUGAAGAAAAAAAAGUUUUGGUGGAUCAGCAGCGGAUAUACUAUGAUAAUUGUUUUCACCGUGAUUGAACGAUAAAGAAUAUAAAUCGGUCAGUCAACAGAUAUUAAAAGAGGAUGUCUGAAGUGCAUUGUACGUAUAUAAAAUCUUAUGAAUUGUAAAGGAAGUAUAGAUAGUUCUGUUCAUAAAUUAUUAUACCUGUUA